CACAGCUCAUACUUCCUCAUUACAUUACCUGAUAAGUAUUAUUGCUUGUUUUUAAUUCUCUUUCCUCUCUUCUUUUUAGCAUCUCUGUUGUGGUCUACAGUUCGCAGCCAGAGAUCUCAAAGCACUUCACUACAACAAGGAAUUAUUGCAAAAACAUCAUUGUCUUCACCCCCAUGGCCUGAAGUCAAACUGCCUGAUCCAAUCGAAGAGGCAAAGUACCAUGCAGAGGUUGUACAAAAGGUAAAUGAGAUGAUUGCCACCGGACAGUACGGAAGGCUCUUUGCUGUGGUUCACUUCGCCAGUAAGCAGUGGAAGGUAACCAGUGAAGAUUUGAUUUUAAUGGAAAACAAGCUGCCGGCUGAAUGUGGCGAUCGAAUCCGCCUAGAAAAGGUUUUGAUGGUUGGUGCUGAUGACUUCACGCUAAUUGGAAGGCCGCUUCUGGGGAAAGAUCUUGUCCGGGUGGAAGCCACAGUUAUCGAAAAAACAGAAUCUUGGCCAAAAAUUAACAUGAAAUUUUGGAAAAGGCACAAUUACCAAAAGAAAAAAAUUAUCGUGCAGCCACAAACUGUGCUCCGGAUAAACACCAUAGAAAUUGUUCCCUGUUUGUCAUGAUUGAUUGUGGUCUAGUAGAGCUAGGUAUAUUUUUACUGCUUUAGGGAAAUAUAGAAAUAAAGCAAAUAAAAUCUU